UCUAAUGCAGGAAGUGACAGUUGUUCACAUGUGCGCAGAGCGCAUCAAUUGCACAGCUCCUAUUGGCAUACGGGUGUUUUACAGUCACGAGACUAUCCAUGUAUAUAUGACAUCUGAGAAAGCGUUGCUCUGUUCAAACACUGAUGAGGUACCACAAGCACGAGCAGAAUAUCCGUAGACGCAGUUUCCAACUAUAGACGGAUCGCUAAAAACAAAACCUAGUUCAUUGGAAUUCACAUAGGUCAGUAAACGAAGGCACUGACACAUCUCUUCAGCUGGGGUGGAAGAGAGACGGCUGAAGACUGCUGUCUAGAAGAAGGAACCAGAGAAAAACAGCCAUGACAGAAUACUACCAGAUUUUAGGGGUCCAGAGAAACGCUUCGGCCGAGGACAUUAAAAAAGCGUACAGAAAGCUAGCACUAAAGUGGCAUCCAGACAAGAACCCAGACAACAAGGAAGAUGCAGAGAGGAAGUUCAAAGAGCUUUCAGAAGCCUAUGAGGUCCUGUCAGACGCAAACAAGAAGAACCAGUAUGACCGGUAUGGUAAAGAAGGCUUGGCUGGAAACGGAGGCAGAGGAGGGCAUUAUCACAACGGUGAUCCCUUCAGUGGUGGGUUCACAUUCCGUAACCCCGAGGAUGUCUUCAGGGAAUUCUUCGGAGGUCGAGAUCCAUUUGCCGAUUUCUUUGCAGACGAUGACUUCUUCGGUGGGGGACACAGGCAGCGGGUGGUGAACCAAAGUAGGACCGGAGGAUCCUUCUUCCAUGGAUUUGGUGGCUUCCCCCCCUUCGGGGCGGGCUUCCCAGGGUUUGGUUCAGGUGCGCUUCCCCUGCAGCACGGUUUCACCUCCCUGGGACAUAUGGGUGGAGGAGGCUUCGCCUCGUUUUCCUCUUCAUCUUUCGGAGGUGGAGGAGGAAUGUGCUCCCGCUCGGUGUCUACCUCCACCAAGUUCAUUAACGGAAGACAAAUCACCACAAAACGGAUUGUGGAGAACGGCCAGGAGAGGGUGGAGGUGGAGGAAGACGGUCAGUUAAAGUCUCUAACCGUCAACGGUCUGGAAGAUGACAACCGGCAGCAGAACACCCUCCUUGGUCUCCCCUCCCACCAACGCUUCCUGAGGAAUAGCCCACAGAACCCCCCAGAGGAAGACGAAGAGCGCGGCCAACAGAGCCUGGGACUCGCCAGAGGACACAUGGACACCAAGAGGAAGAAAUAUCCUUGGAGGCAGGAGGCGGAGCUCAAAAAGAAGAGAACACCUCGAUUGGCUCCUCGAAUCGGUGCCUGGUUCUAAAGCACCACCUUGGCUCCGCCCUUCCCUGUACGUGUCAUCUGGAGGGGAAGAACAUCAGUAGAUUAACACAACUCAGCCGUAGGGUUGCCAAAUUCAGGUUACUCUUCCAAAGAUUCCAGAUUUUGUGGAAAUCUCAGUUGGACGAUUCCCAGAAUCAAGAGGGAAUAAGCAGGAAAUCCGGAUCCUCCAACCACAGGUUUUCUGGAAAACCUGGGAAUUUUGGGAAAGUUACAGGAAUUUUUCAAACCAUGCCAGCCCACCACCAGCCCACCACUGUGCCAGGUCUCCCCUUGUCUAUCAACUUCUCAGUGCAAACAGCAAAUCUCAUUAGCCAUCUUCUAUGCAAGACAUUAGACUUUGUCAAGGUCUGUUUUCUGUCCUCAUGGCUCUGCUGUGUUCUCUACGCAGUUCAACUUUCAUUACCAGUAGAACUGCCAGUAGAGGCCAUAGUUUAUUUAUUUUUGAAGAUGUCAGUAGAGAGGAGAAAUUCUGUUUUUUUCUGGAUUUUGCAUUCCUCACAAAUGGUAGGACCGGAGGACCUUAGCAUGAGCAUGUGCACAUUCGGUCAUAAUUUGUCCCCUCUGAAUGGAAGUAUACAUUUUUCCUCAAAUGCAAUCAUCAGUAGCUACAUCCAUUUUUGCUCUUAUAAAUGAAUGAUAUGUCCACAUUGAUUCUUGAAGAAUAUAAUUUAUAAAUGCCUCAUGAGCUUAGUUCAACUGUUGUACCCCAUCAGAAGCGAAAGUAUAUGGGCUCUAUUCAAUCUACAUCGUGGAAGUUGAGCAUCACAGCAUGAUUUGACAUUUUAAAGGCAAUGUUCCCGCUUUCGCAGAGACUGCAUUCACGGUAAACUGCUGCAUAUGUGUCGGCUCAAUCGGAAAUCACCUUUACAUUUCUAUCGCGGAAUCUGCAACACUUCAGCUUUACAGAUUGAAUAGAGCCCUAAGCUUGUUUAACUCCAAUGUUUGUAAACAAAGUAAAUGUAAACAAACACUACGUAGCCUCAAAACGUGGUUAAAAAUAGUGUUGCUAUCAAGGCUGUUCAAUCCUUGCGUUCAUAGAUCAGUCUAUGAAUUUGAGAGUGGUUACAUUUCUCCAGCCCCAUCCAUCAGCUUUUUACCAAAACAGGUGCGGGGUAGUGGCUUUGUUAUUGUUUCUACUGCUAAUUGCCACUUUUUAAAGGGAUGUGAUGUAGCAGAGUAAAUGUAAUGGAUGUGAAUGGUCUGGAAGAGCCUGUAACAGGAAUCUAAGUGAUGAUGCCAGAGACUCUGAAGGAAAUAAAGGUAUAGGGGAGU